CGUGCGUGCCGCCGUUGAUCCGGUGCUGCAGUGAGGAGGUGGUUCUCGCCCGUGUUGUGUGUGUGUGUGCGUGCGUGUGUGUGUGUGCGUGUGUGUGUGAGUGAGGGAGCGAGUGAGUGUGUGAGUGUGUGGGGGCAUUCGGCUUGUUGUUGUCGCCGACUUCCCCUCCCCUGCGCCCCUCCCCCUCCCCGCCGCCGCUGCAGUGGCCGCUCCUUGGGCCGUAGGAAAUGAGCGAUAACGAUGACAUCGAGGUGGAGAGCGACGAAGAGCAACCGAGGUUUCAAUCUGCGGCUGACAAACGGGCUCAUCAUAAUGCACUGGAACGAAAACGUAGGGACCACAUCAAAGACAGCUUUCACAGUUUGCGGGACUCAGUCCCAUCACUCCAAGGAGAGAAGCAACAGGCAUCCCGGGCCCAAAUCCUAGACAAAGCCACAGAAUAUAUCCAGUACAUGCGAAGGAAAAACCACACACACCAGCAAGAUAUCGAUGACCUCAAGCGGCAGAAUGCGCUCCUGGAGCAGCAAGUCCGUGCACUGGAGAAAGCGAGGUCAAGUGCUCAGCUGCAGACCAACUACCCCUCCUCGGACAGCAGCCUCUACACCAACUCCAAGGGCAGCGCCAUCUCUGCCUUCGAUGGGGGCUCAGACUCCAGCUCGGAGUCGGAGCCCGAAGAGCCCCAGAGCAGGAAGAAGCUCCGGAUGGAGGCCAGCUAAGCUGCGUGGGGCAGGCCAGCAAUAAGAACUGUCUCCAUCGUCUCCUCUCAAUUCAUCAUUAGAACCCUCAGAACCUUCUAAGAGACUUUAUUUUUUUCUCUCUUUUUUUAAUUUUUAUUUUUAUGUAGGCGCUCUUGGACAACAGCUCUUGUGCUCCUUCCCCUUUUCACUAUUUUUUUUAACUGUGUUCCCUUCAGGGAUUCCCUGUCCCCACCAGGAGUUUUUAAACCAAAACACCCAAACUUGGCAGCUUUUUCUGUGGAGGACAGACGGCUGGCCGGACCUCUGAGCACACGGUGUCCUGCCAAGCCACCAGCUCCUCCAGCCCGCCGGGCACAUGCCUGGAGGACGCCUGCCCCAUGGCCUCUCCUCCUGGCCCGCCUCUCCUUGACAGACUUUGUGAAUCUGUGAACUGCUUUACUUCAAGAAGGAGAUCAGUUUGAAGUAAUCAGAAUUAUCCCCUCUCCUUUGUAAGGAUUUUUUCUAAAAAGCUAUUUACCGCUCCUGUUGAGAGACCAGAUCCUUGAAGAAGUUGGGUGUAAAGGAAAGUGAGGACGGGUUUGCAGAGUCUGUGGCGUUUCACUCCUGCUGCUCUUGGCCACCGUUUCCGCCUGUGGAGCCAGCCUCACAGAGAGCCACUUGACUUGCACCGGGGCAUGGUAGAGGGUGGGGCUGGGGGAAGGUUGGGUAGGGUUGGGGUUUUGUAUUGAGGGCCAGUGAUGAUGUUUUGAUAUUUAUUUCCUGCUACUGAAAUUUGAAUCUGAGUGAAUUAUCCCUAUCUCUGAUGAUGUCAGAAUGGCAAAGUGACAGAUUCAUAAAGUAAUGAUCACAUCUCCCUUUCUCUUCAUGUGUAUUUCUAAGAAAUAGAGCCAACUGAUUUUGUAAUGUAAAUACCAAGAGCAAUUUACCUGGUACUAAACCUGCGCCCCAGUGUGGCCCCUCCCCUGCCCACCCCCUGCUUCUGCCCUCCUGUCCCGGACCCUGUCUCCAUUGUGUGAUCCAGCCCUGGUUCUGGCUGCAGUCAGCAGAUCCCAGUGAAGGGUGUUGUGUGUUUAGGCCUCAUUUAUUUGUCAUUCUCCUACUCUGUUCCUGGCAUUUGCUGAUUUCUAGUGUAUACUCUACUCUGUAGUCUCUGUCUGUGUUUGAUUCCAUUCCGUGGAAAUAAAAAGUAUGUUGUA